AUGAUGUUGCACACGUCGAUUCCUCUGUUUCUUGUGGUAGGAGCGACAUUCGGCAGCCACAUAACCUAUCAGACUGAAGAGAAAGGCGGAAAGAGAGAAGAAACAUUUCAAAAACCCUUAGAAGGAACUCACAAAGUCAUAGAAGGGAAAGCACGGGAACAAAGAAAAGACAUUCAGAAAGAAGGGGAAAAACUUCGUCAACUCAGAGAAAAGAUCGCAGCUGAAAAGGAGAGGCUUCGAAAAAUCAGAGAAGAUGUCAAAGCUGAGAGAAAAAGGGAAGAUACACACAAAGCAGAAGAAGAAAGACUUCGAAAACUCAGAGAUGACACACACAAAGCCGAAGAAGAAAGGCUCCGGAAACUCAGGGAAGAUACACACAAAGCAGAAGAGGAAAGGCUUCGGAAGCUUAGAGAAAAGGUUUGA